UAAUUAUAAUCGUUUAAUCAAAGAUGGCUGCCAAUAACAAUGCUGAAACUACAACUCCAAGCAAAGGCAACAGCGUUAGCGGACUAGCUAAAGGCUACCUAGUAGCUUAUAACGUAAUAUUAUCUUCCGGUUGGGGCAUGAUCCUCUUGAAAACCUUACAGUACAUGCUUGAUAAUGAAGGUGAGUAUGGGAUCUGGAAAGGAGUGCCUGGGCUACACUUUGUGAUAAAAGAUCAACUCCGUUUGUUUCAGACACUUGCAUGCAUGGAAGUCGUGCAUUGUAUUAUUGGUAUCGUCUCUUCCAGUGCAUUGCUGACAUUUUUACAAGUUCUGUCAAGGGUUUUUGUUCUAUGGGGACUCAUCGAAGGCGUAGCAGGAGUGAAUGAUUCUGUAGGACUAAUGGUGGUAUUGCUUGCCUGGUCUAUUACUGAAGUUAUUCGUUAUGCCUUCUAUGCCUGCACACUAAUAGGGAAUACACCUCGCAUGCUCACAUACAUGAGGUAUACUCUUUUCUAUGUCCUUUAUCCAACUGGAGUAACAGGCGAACAGAUAUUGUUUUUCACAGCACUUCCGGUGGUGCGUGCUACCCAGCAGUGGUCAAUAUCUCUUCCUAAUCCUUUGAAUUUUGCUUUCUCUUAUUACUACUUCCUUAUAUUUGGAGCCUUCAUAUACAUACCAUUAUUUCCUCAACUUUAUGGUCACAUGAUAAGCCAACGGAAGAAGGUGCUAUCAAAGGUCAAAGCUGAAUAGAAGAACUAAUAAUAAUAAUAGCUACCAUUGUUAAUAAUUUUAUGAUUAAUAUUUGAUUAGUUUUUUUGAUUGGAAGAAAUUAUCUUUAAGAAGAAAA